AUGUAUUCGAGAGAGAUAAUAAGCACAACUAGAAAUUUAAUAAUACAACACUUUGUUUUUGGCAAUUCAUUAUUAACCAAAUUCAUUGGACCAACAGUUGUUAAAUCAAAACCACCUGCAAAAUGCCAACAUAAGAGUGUUUCAACAUCAUCAUCAUCAUCAUCAUCAUCAUCACAACCUUCUUCACAACAAAAUGGAAGUGGUGGUGGUGGUGUGAACACAAAUACCAAUGGAUUAAAAUCAAUGGAUAUGAGUUCCUUCAUUAAAAAGAGUACUUUAUUCCAAAAUAAUCAAUCAUUAAGAGGAAAAUCUACAUCGUUCGAGUGGGAGAUAUAUGGACUUGAAUCUCAAGUUGUUCAAAUGAAUUUAAAUCCUGGUACAUCGAUUACAGCUGAAACAGGGUCAUUACUAGAGAUGGGAUCAGAUAUUGAAAUGGAUACUACAGCAAGGGGUGGAUUUUUAUCAAGUUUUAAGAGAAUGUUCACUGGUCAAGGUUUAUUUUUAACAAGAUUUAUAAAUAAAUCUGAAACUGAAAAAAUGAGAAUAACCUUUAGUUCACCAUAUAUUUCAAAGAUUGUACCAAUAAAGUUAUCAGAGUUUGGAGGUGAAUUAAUUUGUCAAAAGAAUGCUUUUCUCUGUGGUGAGGAUUCUGUUGAAAUUGAACCAAGAUUUACUAAAAAUUUUAAAACUGGUUUCUUUGGAGGUCAAGGUUUUAUUCUUCAAAGAUUGGUAGGUAAUGGUAUGGUUUUUGUGCAUGCUGGUGGUUCAAUCAUUUAUAGAGUCUUAUUGCCUGGCGAGAAAAUUAAGGUUACAACUGGUAGUAUUGUUGCUUUUGAAACUUCGGUUGAAUAUAAUGUUGAGUUUGUAAAAGGAAUAAAGAAUAUAUUAUUCGGUGAAGGUUUAUCUUUGGCAACGAUUACAGGUCCUGGUUUAAUAAUUCUUCAAUCAUUACCAUUUGAAAGAUUGGUUAGAGCAAUCGCUGGAAGUGGUUUGAUUGGUGGAGUUUCAACAUCUACAUCUACAUCUACAUCUACUGAUAAUCAACAACAAUCUCAAUCAACACCAACAUCUUCUCAUUGA